AUGAUUAGACAGCUAAAGUGUCUUCGUUAUGGAAUCACGCUGAGUAACGAAAUGAAUAUUUUAUGCGAACCUGAGAGUUAUAGGUGUCGGAUUGGUUCUAAAAAUGAUACAACAAGACUGUUAAAAAGAGACUAUUUUGAUGAAUCGAGCGACCAAAGCGAUUGUCCAGACAGUCUUCAAAUGCAGGACCAAAUUGAAGUUAAAGGACCAGUAAGCAGCCAAGACGUUCGAUUCGCUUCGUUUGAAUCUUGUCCAAAACGAUAUUCAAAUAACGAUACUACCGUUGGAAAUCAGCAACACCAACAAAGAAGUACGAACACGCCUCGCUCGUUGAUCAGAGCUGAAUGUCAACAAGAACCGCAAGUUUCGCGCUACAUCCCGCCAUAUCGUCGUCCCACACGGGAUGAUAUUACUGAACCAGUUCACAGCCUAGGAAGAGGCCAACACCGAAGCUUCCUAAAUCAAAAACGUUUUGAACAUAAAUAG